AUUAUUUAAACACCUGCGGCUCGAAGUCUGGUUUUCAGUACAAGCCAGGAUCUGUGGAGUCGCAGACAGUUGUGUGUAAUCAACUCAAGCGGAUUAACCGAGCGCGGAUGAAUACUUUGUGAUAAAUGAAAACAGUUUACUCCUUCGUUACGCGUAAAAUCAGCCUCGAACCGGUUUAACAGACUGUACUGGAGGAAACAAGGGGUCUUAAUGGAGCCCAUAACCGCAGUAAAUGAGAAGUUCUUCAUUGUCAUACGGGGGAAGUCGAGGAAAGGCUUCUGCCGGGGAUGUAUCGGUCGUGUGGAGGCAGAGACGCAGCGCGGAGAGCUGAUGGGGCUCCUGUACAGCAGCAGCAGCGCAGGGAGCCCGAAGAGCGGCGGCAUCGUGCGGAGAGAGGACACGUACCCGCUGAGCAGACACCAGGCGCAGCUCCUGCUCUUUGUCACCUCCACAAGCAAACGCCUGGAGCUGCUGUGCAACCCGCAGCUGUUCUCAGCCAUCUGCGAGCUGACUCAGGACGACCUGGUGGUGGUGAAGCACAAGAAGGGACACCUGCCCGGCCUGGUGAAGAACCUGAUGCAGAUCGGAAGGAAAGAGAACAAAGACGAUUUGCACAUGCUCGGAUUUGAGGUGGAAUUUGUGGACAGUGAUCACAAUUUGUCAUCCAAGAAACCUGCACCUCUGCCCCUAUUCAGCGCUGCAGAGAUCGUCCAGGUGGUCCCAUCGUACUCCGUCCCCCUCGGACUGUGCUGGAAAGACGGCAAAUAUGGGAGUCUGAACAGAAAGGCAGUUACACGCAUCAACUCUAUGCCAAAUAUUGGCUCUCGCUUACGACAAGCCGCAGAGAACCACACGGAGCAGAGUGUCAUUCAGAACCAACGUCUGAGCACAUCUCAUGCUCCUCUGGAGGUGGGAUCCAUGGUGGAGGUGGUUUCCAACUCAGGGAUCACAGUGUACGGGGUCAUCCGGUGGUUGGGGAUUCUUGGAGGAAAAGCGGCUGAAUGGGCUGGGAUUGAACUGGACUAUGAGGUGAACGGCUGCUCUGAUGGGACAUAUGGAAGUCAGAGAUAUUUCACCUGCAAAGGAAGCAGGGCUUUGUUUGUCCCCAUCACAAAGUGCAGCCCUGAUAGCAGGUUUGUCUGCCUGUCUACAGAAGGACAGACCCUCAAACCCACUGAAACACCUCCAGUUCCUCCAUUUGACGACUCUGAAGAGGAUGCACCACCUGUCCCUGAAUCAGAGGCUUUGUCGUUGUUGGUGGGAAGAAUGAAAGGGAUUCAGGGUCAUAUUAAUUCCUGUUACCUCGAUGCCACACUCUUCAGUUUGUUUAGUUCAUCUGUGACCCUGGAUCGCAUCUGCCAGAUUCCUGCAGACACAGAGCAACCCAUAUCCUGCACUCUGAGAACAAUAGUCAACCGUUUACGCAGACAAGGGUUCGUGCCAGCCGAGAGUGUGAUGAACUUUCGGAAACAACUUGGCUGUGACACCUUUCGCACAGAGGAGAAAGACCCAGAGGAGUUCAUUACAGUCCUGUUUCAGAAGGUGCUCUGCAUGGAGCCACUGCUUAGGCUCAGGUCGAAACGUGAAAGCUCUCAGGGCGCCUACACCUUCCAGAUCUUUCUGGAAAAAGAACAGAUGGGGUCGAUGCCCACCGUCCAACAGCUGCUGGAAGCCUCUUGCCUGUCAGGUGACCUGAAAUUUGAAACGAUCCCUUCCUGUCUAAUAGUUCAGAUGCCACGAUUUGGAAACAAGUACAAGAUGUUUCCUCACAUCAUUCCCUCCACAGAGCUGGACGUCACAGAUCUCCUUUACAACUCUCCAAGGGAAUGCUUCAUUUGUGGACGCUUGGCAGAGUUUGAAUGUCUACAGUGUCUGCCAGAUCACAAGAUGCAGCCAGGAAGAAUCAAACAGUACUGCACAACAUGCAACACGCAGGUGCACACCCAUCCCUUGCGGCAGGAUCACUCUCCCAGCGCUCUACCCGUCGCAGCAGAUGUGGCUGUCGAAACUCCCGUACCCAGACACACGAUGCAGCUGUUUGCGGUGCUCUGCAUUCAAACCAGUCACUACGUGUCCUUCGUUAAAUACAGCUCUGACCCUCAUGCUUGGCUCUUCUUUGACAGCAUGGCAGACAGAUGUGGUGACGAUCAAAGCGGCUACAACAUUCCUGAGAUCCGAGCUUGUCCAGAGCUGGGCGACUUCCUGUGCCAGUCGGAGGAGGAUCUGGCUCGAUCCAACCCGUCGAAGGCUCCCGAACUUGUGCACAGACUGCUGUGUGACUCCUACAUGUGUUUAUACCACAGCGCAGCAACGGAGGUUUCAAAGCCAAACAACUAGAGGCCUUUAAUGCAUGUGAGGACGAGAACACGGUGUUCCCAUAACAGUGCCUUUUAAUAACCUUACAUUCUGCUUUUCCAGCUUUUGUGCACUUUAUUACUUUCAAGUAACAGGAACUUAAAUGGAUGCUUUUCACAUGACAGAAAAUUCCUUGAUUGUAGCAGAUGUUGAUGUAUAAAGAAAAAAACAGUACUCUUGUUAACGUUGGCUUUUUUUUUUUUUUACUCUUGAAUGUCUUUCUGUUACUGAUUUAUUUAUACAAAUAUUUUUAAAGGGAAAAUGCUAUAUAUCUAUGAUUUUUAUUGUUUUUUGUGUGUUAUUCGGCAAAUUAAAGUCGAGUCAUACACUUAA